UAGUUCUGUAUUCACUAACGGGCCCGUGGUUCACGCUGUGGGAACCUUUACUUCCCUGUGAACAGAAAAGGGAUUAAUUUGAAACUUUUAAGAUUGAAAGCUGCUGGGAGUAAGAAGUUGCCCUUCCUUCUACUCUAGAAGAAAUGAUUUCCAGGAAAGUGUUGGGGUCUCUUACCUGUUUCGUUGUUGUUACCGUGUUUAUCUGGAUUACAGUUGGGAAUGGAAAAGUGCACUACCUCCCAUAUUACCUUCCUUGCCCGGAAAUCUUCUCCAUGAAACUCCAAUACACAGAAAAGAAACUAAUCCAGCUUUUCCCCCAAUUAUUUUAUCAGCAGCCAAGAGUGCUGGCUCCAAAGCGUCAGGAUGUGCUGACAGUCACACCGUGGCUGGCCCCCAUUAUCUGGGAAGGAACCUUCAAUUCUGAGAUCCUAGACAGUGCCUACAGGCCACUGAAUCUCACCAUAGGAGUGACAGCCUUUGCCAUUGGAAAAUACACAAGGUUUGUGGGCCGCUUCUUGGAGUCAGCAGAGAAACAUUUCAUGAAAGGCUAUCGGGUGAACUAUUAUAUCUUCACUGACAACCCUGAGCCAAUUCCCAAUGUCCAGCUGCAACCUGGACGAAGGUUUGCCAUCGUCCCCAUCAAGAAAUACCCCAGCUGGCAAGAGAUCUCCAUGCGCAGGAUGGAGGCCAUAAACAAGCACAUAGCGGAGACGAGCCAUCAGGAGGUGGACUACCUCUUCUGCCUGGACAUCGACAUGGUGUUCUACAAUGCCUGGGGGCCUGAGACCCUGGGUGAUAUGGUAGCAGCCAUACAUCCUGGCUAUUUCAAUGUCCCUCGAAGCCAGUUCCCUUAUGAGAGGAGGAGCUCUUCAGCAGCCUACAUCCCUGAUGGAGAGGGGGACUUCUACUACGGAGGAGCCGUGUUUGGAGGGCUGGUCAAGAAAGUCUAUGAGUUCACCAAGACUUGCCACAUGACAAUCCUGACGGACAAAGCCAAUGGGAUCAUGGCAGCCUGGCAGGAAGAAAGCCAUCUCAACAGGCACUUCCUCUCCCACAAACCCUCCAAGGUGCUUUCUCCAGAGUAUUUAUGGGAUGACAGGAAGCCAAAGCCCCCUGAAAUUCACCUCAUACGUUUUUCCGCAGUGGAUAAGAACUACAAAGAGGUACGAGAUUGACCAUCUGAUCCCUGCAGAGAUGUCCUCCACACAAUCAAACCCACUGAAUAUUAGGUCCCACAGAACAUGCCCCAUCAUGAAUUUUUGUUCCCAGUGUGAACAAACUGAGAAAGGAACACGUGGAUAGUUUCUCUGGAGAACAGGAGUCUUAAUGCAUUUCAGAAGCAGCAGCCAAAGUGGAGGUGAGAAUCAAAACGUUUCCAGGUUCCUAAUCUUUGUAAAUACAAGCAUUCCACUUGAGGCUGCAGCACACAAAAGCCAUCCAAAAGGCCAAUUAUCAAAUGCAAGGCUGUCCUUAUAGCAAGGCUGCAGAUGCCUUUGCCUGAGUGUUUUCCUGAGGCCUAGCAGAAACUUAGCAGGAUCAAAAUGGUAUUUGACGUUCCUGUGGAGGAGAAGACCUAGAGUUUUAGUAAAGACCUUUUCAC